AGUCACCCAUCACAUGGACUCUUCACCCUCCUGCCCUCUGGGAGGCGCUACAGGAGCCUCCGGACUAAGACCACCAGGUACCGGAACAGCUUUUUCCUUACAGCUGUCAGACUCCUGAACUCUGCAUCCUGACAUCUGACUCACAUUAAACUCGUGGAUUGAACAUACACACACCCACAACCACCUACACACACACACAUAUUCUAUUCUAAAAGCACCUCACAAAACUUGCAACAUGAGAUAACUCAGCUCAUAACCUAAGGACGUCGGGGCAGUAUGUGUCACAUGAUAGAGUGGCUGUGGUGUACGAGACCUGUCAGCGGUCUGGUUGAGCAUUUGGAGCCUCGCUACGUGCUUCCAAACCGUCAUUUCAUCUCAGAGAAAACUAUCCCAGAGAAGUAAAGCAAGUGUUGAAGAGCUGCUGGAUUCAUUGUUUCCUCCAAAUGAAAGAAAAGUCAUUUUCAUGUGACAGAGCGACGAUGCAGUGGAGUCUGUUUCUGCUUCUUCUGAUGGGUCAGUGUGUCUUCAUCACAUGUCAGCUGUAUAAGUACCACUUUAUUAAAGAACAGAUGAGCUGGGAUGCAGCACGGGCAUACUGCAGAGAGAACUACACAGACCUGGCCAAAGUGUUUGACCUGACAGACAUGAGGAGACUUCAAGACUCUGCACAGAAUCAAACAGAAGCCUGGAUUGGACUGUACAACAUCACAGGAGGAGACAACAGGACGUGGCACUGGUCUCUGCCGGGGGAGGAAUACACUGAAAAUAAGACCUGUUGGGGAGCUGGAGAACCAAAUGAUAAACCAUAUCCUGAGAACUGUGUGAUGAAAUCAGAGAAGUGUGUAGAUGUUUCAUGUACUCAGAAAUAUCCGUUCAUCUGCUAUAACGAAACGAUGAAAGGCAAUAAAACCUUUCAUUUGAAUGAGACGUCUGUGACCUGGACUCAGGCUCAGAACUACUGCAGACAGCAUCACACUGACCUGGCCAGUGGACUCGAUCAGAUAUACAGUGAAGAGUUUAAGAAGCUGCAGAACUCUACAGCCUUGUGGAUCGGCCUGUUCAGAGACAGCUGGAGGUGGUCAGAUGGGAGUAACUUCUCUUUCAGAUACUGGGACAUGGACUCAUUUAAUGAUGGACUAGACAACAGGACAUGUGCUACGACUCUGUUAGAGAGAUCAGGAAGAUGGAGCUCUGAUGGAUGUGACCAAAGAAAGCCUUUCUUCUGCUAUGAUGAUAAACUGAUCCUGAUCAGGGAAAACAAAACCUGGGAGGAAGCCUUGAAUUACUGCAGACAGAAACACCAUAACCUGGUUUCAAUCAGCAACCCUGAGGAGCAGCGAUGGGUCCAGGAAAGAGCCAAAAACGCCUCGACUCCUUUCGUGUGGCUGGGACUGCGCUACUCCUGCACUCUGGAUUUUUGGUUCUGGGUCAAUGACAAGCUAGUGUGCUAUGAGAGGUGGGCUUCAGGGGGAAGGACUGAAGACUGUAGCAUGUCUGCAGCUAUGACCACAGGAGGGCAGCACGAGUGGGUCAGUCAGAGGGAAAAUGAGACAUUUAAUUUUAUUUGUAUAAAACACUAAAGUUUAAAACUAAAGUCACUUCUUAGCUGCACAUGUAGAUUUUCUGGGGUGAACUCUGUGUUUCUGCUCAGUGUUUACAGUCUCUGGGUUUGAAAUGGGAGAAAAAUGACCGGUUAGAUAUGUGCAGAGAGCAGUCUGUGUUUCAUUUCCUCUCCUUUACCAGAGUCAGGAACAUCUUGGUUUCUUCCUUCAUUGUUGCUGGAUUGGUUCAUUAUUAAACUGUAGCAGGAUAUUUGUUUUGAUUGAGUUCAGAUAAGGUGAUGGUUUUAAUGUUUCUGCUUCGUGUGCUGUAAAUCUUUGUAUCACACCAUUGUAUGCAGCUUGAAUUACAAAGCCUGUCACUAAAAGCAGGUAAAACCAUGUUUGUGUCAUGAUUCCAUAUGAGCUCUAUAAUCUGAUCAUGUUUGUUCAUGAAGACAAAUAAACCACUGUGUAACUG